AUGCUUUUAUGCCACCAAUCAUGCUAGCCACUUGUGCUGCUUGCCUUACGCAGCACCUGUCUUUACCCAAACUUAUGCCCAACCUUAUUAGCUUGUAGUCCCACGAAGAAAAUUUUAUAUUUUUGGGAGCUUGGGUUGACCUGUUACAAUAGACAGGGACCCACGACCAUGACAUCGCUAACACCAGAACCACAACCCGAUCCAGGGUCGAGCCACUCAAGCCCCAGCCAAAACCAACAACAGUGAAAACUCAAAAACUCGAAGGAGCCGAAGACAAACGCUCUAGUAGCCAAGAAUUCAUCUCUACCGCCUGAGGGGAUGAGGAGCCUGAAAUCAGAAACCGAGCAAAGGUUGAGCCCUCUCAGAAGUCUCCAAACGACGAAGAAACAGAGUCGAUAUCCUCUAAGACUAUCACCAAACAUCAUUUUUAACCUUCAGUCGGGUGUUACCUUUAAAACAGCCUAAGACUUUCCGUAAGGCCACCUCAUCACACACUAUUAAACGCUCGCCAGAAAGCACAAGGGACCAAAUUGGGGGGCUGAACUCCACUUUUACGCAAAACCCCUAUUGAUCCCUGAAGAAGCAGAAGAAGAAGAAGAAGAAGAACGAGAAGAAGAGCUGGAAGAAGAAGAAAAGCGAAUCGUUUUUCUCAUCCGAAAAUGCCCCAGCAUGUUCAUUCUCAGCCAAAUCCAUGCGCGUAUCCUUACACAUCUCCUUCCUUUCUCCACUGUUUCCUUCUUGCUCUCCAAAGUCCUCUCCUUCUCCGCUCUAUCUUCCUUUGGGAACUUCGCCUACGCACGCAAAGUUUUCUCUCAAAUUCCAAACCCAGGCAUUUUUGCUUACAAUACCAUUAUAAGGGGUUGUUUCUAUGCUAAAACCCCAUCAAAAGAACCCUUUUAUUUGUACAAAAGGAUGGUUACAAGAGGCUACCCAAGUCCGAACACUUUCACUAUGGCUUUUGUACUCAAAGCGUGCUCAGCUAUAAUGGCGCUUGAAGAGGGUCAGCAAGUCCAUGCUCGUAUUUUACGAUCUGGGUUUACGUUAAACCCUUAUGUGCAAUCUUCAUUGGUCAAUUUUUAUGCCAAGUGUGAGGAAAUAAAGCUUGCGAGAAAGAUGUUUGAUGAAAUUACUGAGAGGAAUUUGGUUUCCUGGAGUGCAAUGAUAACUGGGUAUGCAAGGGUGGGAAUGGUCAAUGAGGCUUUGAGUAUGUUUAGGCAAAUGCAGGGGGUCGGUAUUGAACCUGAUGAAGUUUCAUUGGUUGGUGUGAUUUCUGCUUGUGCCAUGGCUGGAGCACUGGAUAUAGGGAAGUGGAUUCAUGCGUAUAUCAAUAAAAGGAAGAUUGAUAUUGAUCUUGAGCUUAAUACAGCACUAGUUAAUAUGUAUGCAAAGUGUGGGUGUAUAGAGAAGGCAAAAGAAAUUUUUGAUGAGAUGCCAGUAAAGGAUAGUAAAGCUUGGAGCUCAAUGAUUGUUGGCUUGGCCAUUCAUGGACUUGCAGAGGAUGCAUUAGAGGUAUUUUCAAGGAUGGAAGAAGCAAAGGCCAAGCCGAACCAUGUAACCUUCAUUGGUAUUUUAUCUGCAUGCGCCCGUGGUGGACUAGUUUCAGAAGGAAAGAGACAUUGGUCAAGAAUGCUUGAAUUGGGAAUAGAACCUUCAAUGGAGCAUUAUGGUUGUAUGGUUGAUUUACUAUGCCGUGGAGGCCUUGUUGACGAGGCCUACAAUUUUGCGCUAUCCACACCCUCACCAAAUCCAGUAAUAUGGCGAACGUUACUAGUGGGCUACAAGAAAAGUAGGAUGUUACAACAAGCUGAAAUUGUUGCCGAGCAACUACUUGAACUAGAACCACUAAAUGCAGAAAAUUAUAUCAUUCUUUCAAAUUUGUAUGCCACUGUUUCACAGUGGGAGAAGAUGAGCCAUGUGAGAAAGAAGAUGAAGGAAAAAGGCAUCAAGGCAGUGCCCGGAUGCACCUCUAUUGAGAUUGAUGGCUUUUUGCAUGAGUUUGUAAUGGGUGAUUGGUCACACCCUGAGGCAGAGGAAAUAAAAAGAACUCUGAAGGAUGUAUAUGUGAGGAUUCAUAGUACUGGGUAUGAGCCAUGUGUGUCUUCUGUGCUGCACAAUGUGGAUGAUGAAGAGAAAGAGAAUUCUGUGUCUGAGCACAGUGAGAGGCUGGCCAUCGCUUAUGGCCUGCUGAAGACUAAAGCACCAGCAGCAAUUAGGAUAGUUAAGAAUCUGACAGUUUGUUGGGACUGCCAUGAAGUGACGAAAAUUAUCAGUAAAGUUUAUAACCGGGAAAUUAUUGUAAGGGAUCGGGUUCGUUUCCAUAAAUUUGUCAAUGGAACAUGUUCCUGCAGAGAUUACUGGUAAAAUGUUUUCAAUAUAGAUCGGGUAGCGAUCUCCAUCUCAUUUUUCAAUGCUUUUUUAUUUACCAA